ACUAAACACGUGUGAUUGUUUUUAUUACCAUCGUGGUGUGGCCCUGGUUGACUAUUGCAUAAUCAUACCGGUGCAUUGCGUUUUUGCUGGUCAGUUGAAUACAGUUUGUUUCAUUAUUAUUAAGGUUUGCUGCUGUGUAAACAUUCUCUUUAGUUUUAAGAAAUGUCUGAAGAAAAUCUUUUCAGUGAUCUGGAAGUUAGAAUAACUGAAGCAAUGGCACGUUGUCCAAAAGGUGUUUCUAAUAAAACACUUCUUGAAGCUAUUCCGUCUAUGUCUACUGCACAGUUAGUGGAAAUAUUGAACAAAUUAAUUUCCCAAGAUAAAAUACAGAUACUCAGCAAAGGAAAACAGCUAGUUUAUAUGCUCAAAGAUCAGAAAGCUACUAAGAAAUGUUCAAGUACGGAUGUUGAAGAAAACCUGGUUUUUCAAGCAGUUGAGCGUGCUGGAAAUAAUGGUGUUUCAUCAAAAGAUCUUAAAUUUUCUUGUAAUUUACCCCAAGCUCAGAUCACAAAAAUUUUAAAAGGUCUGGAAGGCAAGAAACUUAUUAAAUGUGUUGUCUCAACAUCAAAAAAGAAAGUUUUCAUGCUAUUUGAUUUGGAGCCCAGUCAUUCUAUUACUGGAGGAACGUUUUACAGUGGUCAAGAAUUUGAGUCCGAGUUUGUAGAUGUUCUUUCUGAACAGUGCUAUCGGUAUCUACUUCAAAAUAAAACAGUAGCAGAAAAAUUGACAGAUCCAAUAUCUCAAAGAAAUGCUUCUUUCAAAUCUUCAAAAGAUAUUUGUACUUAUAUAAAUGGGCUUAAAAUUAGUAAGGUUCAAUUGAGUGUUCAAGACAUUGAAACAGUUCUUGAAGCUUUAAUAUAUGAUGCCAAACUGGAAAAAUCAAUAACUAUGAACACACCUGCAAAAGGAUCAGAAAAUUUGUACCGAGUAACAAAGCCUUUGGUUUCAAGUGUUGGUCUAAUGAGAAUGCCCUGUGGAGUUUGCCAUGUAUUUAAAGACUGUCAUAAAGGAGGAAUUAUUUCCCCAUCUACUUGUGUGUACAUGAAAGAAUGGCUGGAAUUUUGAUUAGAAAAAUUCCAGUUAUUAAUACUAAUUUGUGAUAUAUUUGUUCUAAUCAAUGUGAUCAUGUAUGAAAUGAGAUCUUAUAUAAGAAAUUAAAUUAUUUUUUUUUUUUUGCCUAUCAUGAAAUUGUUGCUGAUUUUAUUAUAUUUAUAUUUAUUUGUGUGACUAAGUCAAAAAAUAUUUUUUAGUGCGGGAGUGUGAGAGUAUAAAGCAUUUUCGAAGAUUGUGAACUUUCCUACUCAACUUAGUUGCAAUCGUAAAAUGUUUUCUUUUUUCUUUUUGGAUGUUAAUGAAAGAAUUGUGCUAAAAAAGAACUUCAAGGCAUACUCAAGUGUUUUCUAGUUAUUUGAUGUUUGUUUAAAAAGGCUUAACUUGAGCUUAAUAUUGGACUUUUUUUAAUAUUAAAGUUACUUCGCUUGCCAAUAUUUUUAUAAAAUGAAUGCAAUUGUCUCUUUUUGAAAAGAUUUUCUUUGUUUAAAAUCAAAAAAUAUGUUUACGCAUUAGGGUUUUCUUUCUUUCUUUCUUUUUUUGGCGUCUUACAAGUUUUGUAUUAUGCAGAAGACCAAAUUUUCUGAAAUAAUUUUGUACUAAAAAUAUCUAACUAUGCAUGCUUAAAUUUGUAUUUUGAUAUGAUGGCAUAAUAGAGACCAAGUAAUGGGAAUGCCAUUGUGAUAAUUAAUUUUCUUUCAAUUAUUAAUGUCAUGGUCUAGAAAAUAAAUGCCUAUUGCCAUCAUAUGAAAAUACUGUUGAAAUUGAUGUGUCAGUUAUGUUUCCCUUCCUUCUUAAUAGUUUGAUGCAACAUAGCCUAAUAAAGUUUUUGCGCUCUCUGCCAAUAAAGCACUGAUCCAGAGGAGGGUCAUGGACAUCAUGACCACCCUUUAAGAGACCAAUUACAUUCUAAAACUGCAUUUUAAGGACUCUUAUUUUAAAAAAAAUUGUGCAAAACUCCCUAAUUGUGCUCUAAUAUAGUUUGACUCCCCCUCCUUCCUAUAAUUGUCCUCUCCAAAACCAGAAGCUGGAUCCGACCUUGGUGCCAAUUUAACCAACCAGUUGAUCAUUAUUGCAGUACAUUGUGAAUCCUAACUGAAAAGAAAUAGUGAAGGGAAAAAAAGAGAAAAGAAAAUGGUUUCAUUACACAAUUAACAUCUUUGUUUAAAAGUUGUUAAAGUUUUAUUUUGUGUGCAGUGUAGCUGUAAAGUGUAC